AUGGCGGGAAAACAAAGUAAAGAUCGGCCGACAGUGCUGUGCCUGACAAACAUGGACAGAACGGACAAGCGGAAGCUGGUCGUGAUUGAAAGUCCAAAAAUCUGCGGUGUUUCAAAGGCAUCCAGCUGCUGCCUGUGGAUUAGUGUGCCAAUGAAAAGGCGUGGGUUACAACGCAGCUCUUCGAGCAGUGGCUCAUCGCUUUCGGCCGGGACAUGGCUCAGACAGGGCCGACGUGUGCUCUUGCUUCUUGAGGACUGUUCAGCUCACAAGGUCGCAACGCCGUUGCGAUCUGUGACACUCCUGUUUCUGCCCCCAAACACUACGUCAGUCAUGCAACCACUAGACCUGGGUAUUAUUUGGUCAUUGAAGAGCCAGUACUACCGCAAGAGGCUUGUGUCCAGAUUCGUGUUCGAUAUGGACCAACAGCGAGCCCCCACGCCAGUUGCUAAGGCAGGGCCUUCAGGUGAACAAGAUCUUCCGGCUUCAAGCCCUGACGACGCUGACUUAAGUGACCCCACCGAAAUUGUGCAGACUGUGAACAGGAGCAUAUCAGAGCAAGAUAUUGGUGUGAGCCCACUGAGGCACCCAUAG